CACCCGCAUCUCUCUCUUCUCCCUCUACUUGCCCCCGAUUCAAAGAUCUGCAACUCUUUCUCUCUCUCUCUCUCUUUUUUUUGUUCUUCAUUCUCGCAUGAUUUUUCUCUCUGCGUUGCCAUGACGGAACCAGCGGAGCCAUGCACGUCUUCCUCAUUGGCGAGGGACCCAAGCACCGUGAUUCACCCGCGGCGCGAGCCCUUCGAGCACGGCCUCUUGCCAAUCCCGCGCCUCAUAUUCUCCGACCCCGCGCAAACCCUAAUUCCCUUGAAGCACAAGCUUCUGCAAUUAUCCUCCAAUCACCGAGUCGACUCGGCGGCCAUAUCCGAGUCACUGCAGAUCUCCAUUGAGCACGCCAGACUCGUCCUCGAUACGCUCGCCUCGAUUCUCCCCUCCGACGCCGAACCUCUCGUCGCCGCCAACCUCGGCGAAAUCGACUCCGUCGGCGUUGACGUCCAUGAUCUGGUUCUCUUCCUCUACAUUCAAUCCUACAAGAGGCUCCUCCCGCGCACGCACAAGGACUCCGCCGCCGUCACCGACGUUUGGCCUUCCACAUCCGCCUUCGACGGCUACUUGUCCGCCCUCUCCCCGCUGCAGCUUGUACGCAGCAACAGUCGGCGGUUUAUGCCAUCACAGACUGAUGAAGAGGCGCAUCAGUUGUCGUAUUUGCAGAAACACUUGGCUAACAUUCUGUCUCUUCUAGCAGAGCCUGUGGAGGGAGAAGGAGAAGAAUCUCUGGUUUUAACCAUGGAUAGAUUUGAGCACCUUGGAUUUCUAAUUCAGUUUGGUGAUAAGGGAUCUGGAGGAAUUUCUUUGAGUCAAUCUUCUCCCUUUUUUGCAAACUCAGACCCUGACAUGCCUGCUGUUCCUGUUUCUGCUGGUCAAGUUCAUGAUUGGAUUCUACAGAAUAUAGCUGCUGCUUUGGAAUAUAUUUCUGAAAAGACUUCUUCAAAGGAAAAUGGCCCUGCCAGUGCCUCUGAUCAGGAUGUUGCCAUGACUGAUGCAAGCACCGUUCCAGUUAAGGUCUCAACAAGUACUAGAGGUGCAAGUUUCAUUGAAGGGAUCUCAAAAGCUUCAUAUGUGAAGCAUGCGGCUGACAUUAAAGGUUCCUCUGUGAAGGUUUUAAAUUGCCACGAGUCUGCCAUAUACAUCUUAGCACCUUUGAGAUAUGCCACUGUCUAUGGAUGUUCUGAUGCAACAAUAGUUUUAGGAGCAGUUGGCAAGGCUGUGAGAGUAGAACACUGUGAACGAGUUCAUGUAAUUGUAGCAGCAAAACGUAUUUGUAUUGCAAAUUGUCGUGAAUGUGUUUUCUUUUUGGGAGUGAAUCAGCAACCUCUUAUUGUUGGUGACAACCAUAAACUGCAGGUGGCCCCCUAUAAUACUUUUUACUCCCAAUUGGAAGAGCAUAUGAAUGAAGUUGGAAUUUUGCCCACAGUUAACAGAUGGGAUGAGCCUCUGGCAUUGGGCAUGGUUGAUCCCCAUGAUUCAUUAUCUCAUCCAGCAGGUGUCUCUGAUGCUCAAGCUGAGUCUGCUACACAUGUGGACCCUGAUCAGUUUACUAAUUUUGUGAUUCCAAACUGGUUUGGAGGAGAGUCAACUGGGGCUACGAAAGGGAACCCAUUCACUUUACCAGAUGUUUAUAUGGCAUCUCAUCUUAAAAAUCAAAAAAAUUUAGGAGAAAUAAAGCAACUCUUACGCGAAGCACCUUUAGAAGAAAGUCGCAAACGAGAAUUGUCAUCUGCACUCCAUGUGUAUUUCAGGGACUGGUUAUAUGCUUCGGGAAACAUUCGUCAGCUUUAUUGUCUACAAGGUGAUUGAUCUUUGUGAGACAAUACAAUGGCACAGUUAAUGGUACAGGAACGAGGUUUCUGGUUUCCUUUUUGUACUUCCUCUUCUAUUCCUCUUGCCAAUUCUAUUGGCGGCAUAGGUAGCUGAGAUCAGAUGACGUGAAUUACACCUAUUUAUGCCGUGACAUCAGCGGUGCACAGAAUCGAAUGGAAAAUACAGUUGCUAAUCUGAUUGUAAUAUUUUUUUGUUUGUGAAAAUAAUUACUGUAAUAUUUUGUUAGCCUAAAUUAAUGGCUUUGGUGAAAAAUUCUAGCUGCCUACAUCUAGUGUACUGUAUAUCCCCCUAACUUCGAGUUUUUUCAUUUUAAUUAAACUUCCCGGGAAUUGCUGUUGGGUUCUCUCGCUCUGUGAUUUUACCUUGUACAUUAACGUGUCUAAUAUACGAGUAAUUGGCAA